CACGCAAUAUUUUCCGUACUCGCACCGGUACGCCAAUAUAGAAAUUUUAUUUACCAAACAAGUUGGUUAAUUUGUUCGUAAGUUUAUCGAGACUUUGAGUCAUCCAGUAGACUUCUUGGUCUCUUAAGCCAAACAAGUUCGUUGGCGUGAUUUUACUGUUGUUUGGUUUGCAAAAUAGGGAUUUUGGGCUUGAUUAUUUACAAUACUGCUGCCGCAACGGAAAGACGCAUCGAAGCCAAUGCGAUCCAGUGUAUGAGGAUUCUGCAUUGUCCGCACAACCAACGCAACAAUUCGGUAGGGGAACAUCCUCAACAAAAGUUCUUUGGGUUCGGAAGGGCAAUCGGAAAUAUACAGUGCAACGUACUAUCGUUUGUUUGUAGACAUCGCUUAAUUUGCUUUAGCAGUGGUCUUCUUCUUGUCUUGUUGGUGGCACCACCUCGAGAGAGGAUCUUGGGCUUGCAGUUGUUGGCUUCCUUGACCAAUUUUUACCCGCUGCUUGACUAUCCAGCAAUCCGGGGAAGGCGGCCCGGUUCAGAGCAGUCUAGUUGAUCGAAAUAUUCCACUAGACUAAGCUGUACGAUGGAGGAAGAGUUUGAAGAUGAUUCUUGGAAUAACAAUCCAGUUCGGAGCAAUGCGUCUGAGGAAGAGGCGGAAAGUCACGAAGACCCUUCGGAAAAUUCAAAAGCAGUUUUAAACGAUUGUUUACAGCGGUUUGCCAGCGUCGACUACAUCAUGGAACCGAGCAUUUUCGUCCAGCUUAAGCGUUACUUCCAGGCUGGCGGAACGGCGGAACACGUUAUCAAUCAGUUGUCGUCGAACUAUGCGGCCGUCGCCCAGAUGGCGAACCUGCUCGCCGAGUGGCUUAUCAUGGCGGGCGUGCGCGUCACUGAUGUGCAGGCAAUGGUGGAGAACCAUCUGAAGGAUAUGAUACUGAAGACGUUCGAUCCGAAGAAGGCAGAUAAAAUUUUCACCGAGGAAGGCGAAACACCCGGCUGGCUGACGGAGAUGAUCGAACAUCAUACGUGGCGAUCGUUGAUUUACCGGCUGGCGGAAGAGUAUCCGGAGUGUUUGAUGCUGAACUUUACCAUUAAGCUUAUCUCGGACGCUGGCUUCCAGAGCGAGAUUACUUCCAUCUCGACCGCCGCCCAACAGAUAGAGGUGUUUUCGCGCGUGCUCAAGACGGCGAUUGCCAAGUUUCUGAGCCACCCGGAGGAUUGGCAGAGCGCGAUCGAUGAGGUGGCAAAGAUGGUGUGCCACGGACAGCACACGUAUGUGUACAGUCAGGUGCUGAUACAGGUACUGUCGCAGGAACCGAAGGGUGGAUUCAUCAUGAAGCGGCUUUCGCAGGAAAUUACUAAGUAUGCACUGAAAAACAAUCACAAUGUUACGCCCAUCACGAUGGCUCUCAACGGGUCGUCGCGUCAUCCACAGGCCUGCGAAGCGCUUACCUCGAUGCUGUCCCGCAACACACUCAACCCGGCCGACAUAACCGUGCUGUACCGGAACUACACCUCACCCGAGCCGCCACCGAUCGAUUUGAUCCGCAAUCCCCAGUUUCUCGAUCUGCUCGUCGACUCCCUGUUCAAGGUGGGCACAAAGAUUAACCAGGAGCACAAGUCGAAGUACAUCUAUCUGCUCGGUUACGCCGCGAGCGUAAGCGAGAUCCCGACCAAGAAAGGCCAACCGAAGGGCCAUCGGGUGUUGAACAAGGACGAGCUGAAGGCAACGAUCAUCGCGAUCGAGAAGGUGCACGCGAUCUGUAACGUGAGCCGCGGUUCGAGCGAGCUGAUCGGUGACAUCUCCACCUUGUACAGCUGCAUCCGGUUUCCGGUGGUUGGGGUGGGCGUUAUCCGCUGGGUCGAGAACACCGUCACCGAACCGUCCUACUUCAAGCUCUGCACCGAAAGCUGUCCGCUGCAUCUCGCACUGCUGGACGAGGUGGCCUGCGUACAUACUUCGCUGCACGACCAGAUCUUGCGGCUGCUGGUGCGGUUGUUCGAGUCGAAGCAGGACGAGCUGGAAAUUUUGGUGCAGCUCGAGCUGAAGAAGAUGCUGCUCGAUCGGAUGGUUAAUCUGUUGGCACGGGGAUGUGUCGUGCCGGUGGUGAAGUACAUCAGCCAGUGCUGUACCAAGGGCGACACGGACAUUUCGCUGAUUCGGUACUUUGUGACGGAGGUGCUUGAAACGGUCACGCAUCCGUACUCGAGCGAGUUCGUGCAGCUGUUUCUACCGAUGGUGGAAAACGAAGAAAUUACGGGCUCGAUGCGGGGCGAAGGUGAUAACGAUCCGGUUUCGGAGUUUAUCGUUCACUGCAAAGCACACUACACAACAUUGUAGCAUGAAUACUGGUGAUGAAACUGUAAGUUAUACAUACAUACAGUGCAUCGUUGCUAUAUAUCCUUUUCCUAGGUGUGCAAAUUCCAGCUUGCCAUACGUUUUUUUUUUUAAUUUCUGAUUUUGAGCUGCAGAAGAAGAAAAUCCCGUUUUUUUGUGUGGGUUUUUUAUUUGUCUUAAUGGGACAUUGCACAGAUGGUUUGUUAUUGAUUAUGAUUAUCAUCACGCUUCAUGCUUAGAAUCAAUUGCUCUGGGAGCGAUCAUAGUUCAAUUCAGUUGUAAUUCAAUUUAAAAAAAGAGAUAAAAACGAACUGUUGUAUGCCCUUGGUCUGGAGAGAAAUACGCCAAGGUAUAAGCUCGCGGAUAUGCAACUCAAGAACCGGUAUUACGGCACCGCUCCGGGGGUUGCGAUCGAAUCCAAUGCGUAAGCGUACGAUUAUCCUUUUGCAAUUAUUUCCCCUCUAUAUUUGAUGCAUAUUCCAUUUGCGCACACUAUACUUUCCUGCUAGGAUAAUUAUCCAUCCAUCCACUUUCUGCACUUCUAAGGAAAAUCGUUUGCCGAACCAAAUAAUCGACCAUCGAACCUAAUUUUCAGCUGUUUCAAAUCCUUCCGUUUGUCCAUUCCCUAGAUGAUCUGAUCGGCUUAGAAGAUUAUAAUUUAUAAUUUUAUUUUCUCGUGCAAACAAAAAAAAACAAUUAUAAAACUAGUAAAUAUGUAUAUUAUAAAAAAUGGCGAUAAAAUUGAUUACUUUCGCUUUACGUAAUGGAAAAGAACUAAAAAGCUCCGGGUGUCUUCUACCUUUGGGUAGUGCGCAGUAGUACCAGCAAAAAGACAAGGAUAUGUCUCACUAGUAGUGAGUGAUGCGACUAGUGAUGUGCAAAUUGAGUCAGAAUAAAUGAAUGACUUAAAUCGUAGCUAUGGAUUAGAACUCACUUGUGAUUUAAUUCUCCGUACCAACUAACCACUCGCUCUUUAUGUAUUACUUACUCGUGAAUUAAAUAUCGCUUUAACAAAUUAAAACACGAUGGCAAGAUGAUGAUCAGUAAGUACAAUUUGUGUUGUGAGAUAAAAAUGGUAUAAUGCGAUGCGAUCGUGAGAUCGAUCACGAGUGAAUUAAAACGUAGUGAGUGAGUGGCUAGUCGGCACGCAGAGAUUUCCUCGAGAUUUAACGAGAUUUAAGAGUGAGUAUGAGGUUUAACUAACUGUUCUAACACAUUCACAUUGAAGUAACUCACGUAACUGAGUGGUUAUUCCCAUCACCAGAGUGCGCGUCCCAAUGGGAAUCGAGUUCGAUCCGUGGGAGCAAUGAUUCCGGGUCAAUCAAUCGAUCUCGUUGCACCUAUAUAUCGAUCCGGACUCGUUGGAGCUGCCAAUACGAACCCAAACCGCUCCUCGGUCGCUUAACCGCCUUCGCCACAGAGUAGGCUCGGUGUCAAGACCCACCCAUCAGUACUCGUCGCCACACGUUAAGCGGGGCUAGUCCCGGUAGAAACGAGAUAACAGCUGUUUUUUGUCUUGUUUUUUUUUUUUUUUGCUAAGUAGUACAAAUACAUUACCGAAACUGCAGCAAUGUACAGUAAGUAAGUAAGCAUUCUAGUGGUGAGGCUAAGAGGUGUUCUAGUGCCACUGAGCAGCUCCAAAACGCAAUUACCCUCUGAUAGGCGUUCCGCGAAACGUUACAAAACAACGCUAAUAUUCUAAGAGUGGUAGUAGUAGUAUGUAUGUAUCAUUGAGGAAUGCUCGAUUGCCCGUGAAAUGGGGAAGCAAACAAAGAUAUCGGCAGGUAUUUAGCAAUCAUUCAUUAUUUGUCACCAGCAAAGUGUUCAGUCCAGCCUGAUGAACCUAGAAUAGAAAACAAAAAAUAAUAAAAUAAAAUAAAAGGUUACAGGUAAACAUGA